CUCAUAAGUUCAUGCCAGUCUCCAUCAGCAGACAGCACAUAUGACUGCUCUAGCAUUUUCCUGAGACUUUUCCAGGUUCAUUACGAUGUUUCUUGUCUGGGUUCAUUUGGUCUCUAUUCUUUAUGCAAUGCCAAUGCCUGCGAUAGAUGUUUAAAUCGUCUUUCCAGAAAAUUGUGUUCGUUCCUCGUGACUUCCGUGCUUUUAUAGCAUGAGUUAUGCGGGUGAAUGCUAAGAUUCGAUGUGCCAGAAGUGGAAAAUGGGGAGAGGUCCACAUCUUUACUUGCGGCUCUCAGUCAUAUUGCUGUCAAUGCUUGGCCUUCACAUUAGUGUCGAAGCAGAUUAUCUUGAACUUUCCUGUCAGUCUGAACUUGGAAAUUACUCGAGCAAUGGCCCUUUCAAAACGAAUCUGAAGCUCCUUCUUGAUUUACUGUCACACGGCACCGCGAAAACGGGAUUCUACAAUAAUACUGUUGGAGAAGGCCGUGACCGAAUUUAUGGACAAGCUCUUUGCCGAGGAGAUGCCAGUUCCGCAGCGUGCGAGAGUUGUGUCGGCAACGCAAGCCAAGAGAUCAUGAAGCUGUGCAUUGCUGAAGAUGCACUAAUUUGGUAUGAAUUAUGCCAAGUGCGCUAUUCCUUCCAAAAUUUCUCCUUGAAUUGGGAUUAUACUGGUAAAUACCCGCAUUCCAAUCAUCAGGAGAAACUUGCAUCAGACCCAGCCAGCUUGUAUACCUACUUGAUGUAUCUAAUGAAGAACAUAACCAAUGAGGCUGCGUAUGGUAACUCUACUCAAAUGUUCGUGACGGGGCAAAUAAAGUACUCUGUGAGCCAAACAAUAUACGGGCUAGUGCAGUGUACUAGGGAUAUGUCGGACACGAACUGUAACAAUUGCUUGAACUCUGCCUUGGGAGAUCUAAAAGCAUGCUGCCAUAAACUGGAGGGGGGAACGGUUGUUAGCAGAACUUGCAAUGUGAGGUACGAGCUGUACCGCUUUUUCAAUGGCUCGACAACUUCAAUGUUGUCUUAUCUGGCCUCCGGAGGGGAUAAAUGGAAGAAAGGGAUGAUUGGCCUAGUUGUGGGUAUCGUGGGACUCCUGUUAGCUGUUCUGGCCGGAUCUUGCACCUUCUACUUCAACCGGAAGAAAGCAAAACAAGACCUGGAAAGAAGCCCGCGUGCUUUGGUCCUUGAUUUAAUAAAUCCAGUCAGAGUGGAAAUUACCGAAGAUGGCAACCUGGUUAGCUCUGAAGAACUUCCUUUCAUGGAUCUAGCCACACUAAAGGCCGCUACAGAUGACUUCUCAAGUUCAAAUAAGCUCGCGCAAGGGGGGUUUGGUAUUGUCUACAAGGGUGUGCUUUCUGAUGGCAAAGAAGUAGCAGUUAAAAGGUUGUCGAGAAAGUCUUGGCAAGGUCUCGAGGAGUUCAAGAACGAGGUCAUCUUGAUUGCAAAGCUCCAGCACAGAAAUCUUGUAAGGCUUCUUGGAUGCGGCAUAGAGGGAGACGAGAAGCUGCUUGUCUAUGAGUUCAUGCCUAACAAAAGCCUCGAUACCUACAUCUUUGAUUCAGAGAAACGUGCUCAGCUCGACUGGUGCACUUGCAUUUCCAUUAUUGAUGGAAUUGCUAGAGGACUAGUUUACCUGCACGAGGACUCGAGACUCAGGAUUAGUCAUAGGGAUCUGAAGCCUAGCAAUGUUCUACUGGAUCAUGAAAUGGUUGCCAAGAUAUCAGAUUUCGGGAUGGCCAGAAUAUUUUGUGAAAACCAAAGUUCAGCUAAUACAAGAAGAGUCGUAGGAACAUAUGGUUAUAUGGCCCCAGAGUAUGCAAUGGGGGGACUAUUCUCUGUGAAAUCAGAUGUGUUCAGCUUUGGUGUCAUUUUGCUCGAGAUCAUCAGCGGAAAACGAAAUAGCAGAUUUUAUCUUACAGGACAUGCUCAGACGCUUCUUGCAUAUGCAUGGAAACUAUGGACUGAAGGAAGAGAGUUGGAACUCGUGGAUCCUUCUCUGGCAGAAUCAGGCUCAACAGCUGAAAUAUUCAGGUGCAUUCACAUCAGCCUCUUGUGCGUCCAGGAAGAUCCCGGAGAUAGACCAACAAUGUCGGAAGUAGUGACGCUUCUGGGAGGUCAAACAGGAACUCUUCCAGAACCUAACAAGCUGGCCUUCUCGGUCAGUAGAGUCGUACAAGAAGUCGAUCAAUCAUCGGCAACUAAUCUUUCUGUCAAUCAAAUGACUGUUUCCAGUAUCUCGCCUAGGUGAAGACCACAUGCAUUAGUUGAUUAAGGUUUAAUUUGCCUACAGUUGUAAAGUUCUGCCCUGUAAAAAGGAACUUGUCAGUGUUUUGGAAGAAUUACU